AUGAUCGGGGACGUGGAGUGGCCCAAGAAGGAGCGCGAGGUGCGCAACUUCUGCAUGGACUCCACCAUCUGGGACGGCGUGGCCUUCCGCGACGGCGACAUCGUGAUUGGCUCCUAUUCCAAGGCCGGCACCACGUGGACGCAGCAGCUCGCGGGCCAGCUGCUCACGGAAGGGGACCCCGAAUUCGACAGCAGCAAGGCCACCAUGUGGGUGGAACUCGUGUUCCCGCCCAGGGAGGAAAAGCUGCGGGUGCUGGAGGAGCAGUCGAGCCGGCGGUGCAUGAAGACGCACCUGCCUGUGGACGCCCUCUCGCUGUCGCCCAAGGCCAAGUACAUCUACCUGGUUAGGGACGGGCGGGACGUGGUCUGGAGCUUUUACAACCACCACGUGGCGCUCAAGCCCGAGUCGUACGAGAUGUUCAACGGGCCCACCAACCCCGGCCCCCCCUUCGAGCCGCCCGUGGACGACGUUCGAAAGUACUGGCGCGACUGGAUGGAUCGCGACGGCCACCCGCUGUGGCCAUUUUGGGAGCAUGUCAGGGGAUGGUGGAGUGUGCGGCACUUGCCCAACGUCAAGCUGCUGCACUUCAACGACCUGAAGAAGGACUUCGACAAGGAGGCGCGCGGCCUCGCGGACUUCCUGGGGAUCCCGAUCAAGGAGGACAGGUGGGCGGACAUCGUGGACCACUGCUCGCUGGAGUGGAUGCGGAAGACGGAGAAGGGCGGGGGGUUCAUGGAGGACGGCGCGUUCUUCAGGCAGGGGGGUGUGAACGGGCGGUGGAGGGACGCGCUGACGGGCGCGGAGUGCGAGGAGUACGAGAGGCGGGCCGUGGAGGAGCUGGGGGAGCAGUGUGCGCACUGGCUGGCAACUGGGGAGAGACUGGACUGA